UUUGUCUGAGUCAAAAAUAGUAUUGUAACCCGGAUUCCAGUAUCAACAUUGACAUUUUGCAUGGCUGGCCAUGUAUCCAUAGUUACUGUUAGUAUUGUGUCAAUAACAUUGAACCGGCAGCAUAUAAAAGGACGAACAAACUGCGCUCCGGUUAGACGAGACAGAACCAGUAGUGACCGGACCGUACUGUCUGGCGAGCGGCAACAAGAGAGGCUAGCGGCAGACUCAGCUAUCAGACUGAUCCACAGUUUUGGGGUACACGACAAGGUACAAGACGAAUCAUGGAUCGUCCGAUCAAGCUAACAUCAACUCGGGAGGUGAACAACCGGAGACAGAUCUACAUCUCACCUGCAGCGGAGAAAAUCCUCUCCAGCCUCCCGCCUCGCUCCGUCGAUGUUGUGUCGGUUGUAGGGCCGAUGAGGAAAGGGAAGUCUCAUCUGGCAAAUCUCCUAUGCAGAAAGAGGUCUGGAUUCCCUCUUGGAGACGACAUGGAAUCGAAAACAAAGGAUUUCUGGUUCUGGAUCUGUCCCCAUCCGGUUCAGACUGGUCGCUAUCUCAUGGUUGUUGACACUGAAGGUCUGGGUGACUACUGUGAUGAGGAACAGAGAGAUAAAGACACCAAGUAUCUGGUUUUGGCCACCCUCAUCUCCAACCACCUGGUUUUCAACCUCCAGGGGAACCCAGACAGUGGCUUUGUGACUAAUCUGAGACUCAUGGGAGACCUCGCAGAACGUAUCCGUGUUCAAAGAGAUGGUGGCGACGAGGGACAAAAUCUUGGUCAGCACUUCCCCGAGCUGUGGGUGGCCGUGCAAGACACUCACCUGAAAACACCUCAAAAAUACGGAAGACGCCUAACCGCUGACGAGUUCCUGGAACUCUUGUUGGAGCACAAAGAUGGCCACACAACUGCGAUCAACUCCCACAACAACAUGACGUCUGCAGUGAAGGCCUUCUUCCCAAAGCGGCAUCUCCGACUGAUUCCUGCACCCUCCAUAAACUCGGACGUCUUGAGCAACCUUGGCAACGUAGCGGACAGCGCUCUACCGAUGGAGUACAAAGAUGCUACUGGAAACUUCACCCGUGAGAUCUGGAACUCCGGCCAGGUCAAGAGGGUCAACGGAGAGGACGUAAAAACCACAGGUCUUCUUCACAUCAUGCGGUACUAUAUCGACGCCAUCAACGACCCGAACGCCAUGCCGUCUGUUCUUGGUGCAUACGAGGCUAUGGCGGAAGGAGAGUGCCGCCGGGCUUCAGAGGAACAGAUGAAGACGUUCCAGAAAACUGUUGAGGAAACAGUGAAACCGCUCAUGCCGACUGACGAGGCAACCUGCAACAGGAGAAUCCAGGCUGCUGUGGACAACGCCGUCGCCAGGAUGUCUGCAGACGUGGGGAAGUGGGACAAAGAUGGGACAUGGAAGAGGCGUCUCCAGGCGAAGCUCAAUAAGGAACGCCUUGACUUGCUCAAUCUUAACAGCGCCAAGUCUAAGGAUCUCUGCGAGACAAUCCUGAAAAAAGUCGACCUUCCCGUUCGACUGAAAGUGGGAAGGGGAGAGUACAAUGGAAUCGGUGGAUUCAAUACAUACGCAAAGGACAUGGAAGACGUGUACAGAGCCUACAGGCAAAAAGCUUCUGGAAAAGGCCCAGCAGUUGAGAAAGUGUUGGAGACCUUCCGUGCCACGGAGACGACAAGGAGGAACGCGAUCAUGGACACAGACAAGAAGCUGGUGGAGGAAGACCGCCGAGUUAAGGAAGAACAGAGAAAGAAACAAGAGGCCAGGGCAGCAGCAGAAAGGGCCGCUGAAAAGGAGAGGCUGGCAAGGGCUGAAGCGGCGAGGGCUGAGGCCGAGAGAGCUGCAGAAGAAGCCAAGAGACGGGAGGCAGAGGUGGAAGCGAAGAGACAAGAAGCUUUGGCUGAAGCUGCCAGGCAGGCACAGAGGGCGGCGGAGGAAAGGGCACGGAGAAAGCGAAGGAGAAAGAUUUUUGGAAUCUUUUAAAAGAGGUGAUUGUAAUGGGAGUAUGACUUCAGUAUGGGAGUUGGAUACUUGGAAGAACAAAGGAAUUAGAAUCUUGCUUUGCAAUAUUGUGUUGCGGGAAUAGCUUUGCACAGAAAGGGUUAGGGGCUGAUGUACUGAAUGUUGUGUUUAGAAGUACAGAGCAGCGACAAGAGAGACGAAUAUACUUAGUAAUGUAUUAGAUAAACUUGAUAUCGAUAUGCUUAUCAUCCAAGUAUAAGCUUAGUGCAUUUUAACAUCAAAACAUGUCAAAUAUGUAACCAAGUAUUUCCCCAAGUUUUUUUAUCUCAACAAACAACAAAAGACUAUAUUACUGUUAAAAUCUCCUAACCCAUUUAUUUUUCAAAGAGUCGGACAAUUCAUCUCCCACUGCCUCCUGAGAAGAAGUCAAAGCCCCAAAUAGCAAGAAUAGUUUGAUAGAAUAGAAUAGAUUAGAAUAGCAGUUACCUUGUUCCUCUUACCUGUUUAUGUAUUGCGUAUUCACUGUUUAUGAUCCUGUAUACCAACUUCAUUAGAUUUAAGUAGAGAUAGUCGGUUUGAUAAGUAUUUCGUUCACAGUAGAACUCCAUGUUAGCAUAUAGUUUUAUAUCACCACAUUUCUCUUGUCAAUGUUUGCAAUUACAUACAGUGUUUACUUUAAAGAUAGUGAUGGUCAUGAUACUGGCAUCGGUGUAAUUACCACAGAGCACGGAGGUAUUUCUUUUGGGUGCACAUAUGUAACGUUAUGCGUGUGUGCUUUCUUGUGUGUUUGCAGUAGUAUAGAGUAGCAGGAAAGCGGAGGCUUUGUAACCUCAGAUCGAGUUGGCAGCCAGUAAAUUUAACGUUGACCCCUGCGUGAUCUUCAGCAGAUCUUUCAUGUAUUAUGUUAUGUUACUGUACACCGCUUGGUGGAA